AUGAAUGAGGCGGGCGGGAGGGGGGGGGGGGGGUUCGGGGUUCAGGCCCUGCGGAAGGGCCGGGUUGAGGGGCCGGAGCCGGAGCCGGAGCCGGAGUCGGGGGUCGGGGGUCGGGGUCAGGCCGGCCUCGGGGGCUGGGCCUGCGGAAGGGCCGGGCUCCGCGCUCGGGGAGCCGCCGCCUCUCUGCAGUUCCGGGGGAGAUCGGGAUUCUCGCUCCGGCCGGAUCGCGAAGCCGGGACCGGGGACCGGGAGCCUGGAGCCGGGGCUGCGGCAGCAAAAAGCAGCAAGUUUCAGACUGAGGAAGCCAUGGAGCCAGGGGAAACCAAUCCACAUAUAUCUCCACAAGUCGAUCAAUCAGCAGAUCUCAAUGAACCCAGAGUGGAUUGUGAGAGUCCUGAUGAGUUAAUCCUUCUGAAUCAGGCAACCGUGGAGAAAUUGACAGAGGGACUGAUCUCUCACUAUCUCCCUGACCUACAGCAAUCGAAAACAGCCCUCCAGGAACUGACACAGAAUCAAGUGGUCCUAUUGGAUACCCUGGAGCAAGAGAUUGCCAAGUUCCGUGAGUGUCACUUAGUGCUGGAUAUCAACGUGCUUUUCACAGAAGCAAAAUGUUAUUACAAUAAACUAGUUAACAUUCGAAAGGAAAUGGUAACACUGCAUGAAAAGACAACUAAGCUAAAGAGACGAGCUCUAAAGCUUCAGCAGCAGAGACGGAAGGAUGAGUUAGAGCGAGAACAGCGGAGGGAGAAGGAGCUAGAGCGUGAACGACAACUCAUUGCCAAGCCAGCGAAGCUCUCCUAGCCCAGCUAUCUUGUGGUUCCUUCCAAUGACUUGGAGCAGGAAAUUAUGACGACUAAUCUCUUGUUUCUUUCUAUAUUAUGAUUAAUUCGAAAUAGAGACUGUAUAAAAUUGAAACACUUUAUGUAAAGUGGAGGUUCACAGUUGGAUUUUCAUUGGGAGCUGCUAAUUAACUUUUUCAAACAAUGUCAUUGUAACCUACCUUCCUGCUGUGGAAUGUGAAACUGCCUCUUCAGGUUAUUUUGGAGCACUAGUGAUAUCCUGUCACAUGAUGCCAGAAAAGUAUUCCUCCAGGCUACUUAUUUUCUUAAAUAGUGCAAUCCCUGAAAUGAUUAUCAACUGAAAUUCUAUGUUCAUCCCAUGUGAGUUAAGAGCUCACUCGGUGCACAGAAUCUCCUUGACUCACACCAGUUGAAAUUGAAACCGAUGAUUGAAGCCUGGGCAAAUUUGCUGUUUGUACGUUGACUGUAAGUGGUGAUUCUGUGGAUGAGCCUGUUACAGCGUCACAGUCUCGCAGGAGAUCAGUGUGACUUACUAGAAAAUGUAAUGCAGCAUGAGAAUAUUUAAAAUAGAAAAUUAAAUUUGGGAAUGUGUUCAGGUGUUUCUCUUUGGAAGUUUUUGCUCUUUGUUAACAUCAGUUCUGUUUUUAGAUUUAUGCUGGCAAUUUACUGAAUACAUUCUGAGAUCCUGCAUGUAGAUGUAUGUCAAUAUGAAGGCUGUGGUCAUUAUUAGCAACAAUUUAGACAAAUAGUUUCACAUUGAGUUAUGUACUCUGGUCAUUGUCACAACUUCCUGCAAACCAAUAAAAUUGUAACUUCUCACUCCA